GCAGCUACCCACGCUCGCACAGUCGCACCUACUGCAGCUUGCCACCUACCUCCAGUUUCAGUCUAGCUGCUUGCUGUAUGUGCGGGAUGGACGCCGCUAACCCUGAUCUGCCGAAGCAGGAGGAGCAGGAUCAUGGCAAUGGCAUCAGCAUAGAGAAGAUGACCGGCGAAUCGCCGGGGGACGCCGUCCACAACUACCGCGGAUGGAAGGCCAUGCCUUACGUCAUAGGGAACGAGACUUUUGAGAAGCUUGGCACGAUUGGGACGCUAUCGAACUUGCUGGUGUACCUGACAGCGGUGUACCACAUGAAGAGCGUCAAUGCCGCCACCCUCCUCAAUUUCUUCACCGGCAGCUGCAACCUCGCCACCGUCCUGGGCGCCUUCGUCAGCGACACCUAUGUUGGCCGCUACACCACCCUAGCGGCCGCCACCAUCGCCUCCUUCAUCGGCAUGGUCCUGCUCACCCUCACUGCCGCACUGCACUCUCUCCACCCUCCUGCCUGCAUCUCCAAAGGCCAGUGUGAGAGCCCCAUCCCCUCCCAGCUGGCCGUGCUCCUUCUGUCCUUCUUCUUCCUCGUCAUCGGCGCCGGCGGCAUCCGCCCGUGCAACUUGGCAUUCGGGGCUGACCAGUUCGAUCCACAUACCGCCGAUGGACGACGUGGCAUGACUAGCUUCUUCAACUGGUACUACUUCACCUACACCAUCGCCAUGAUGGUCUCUGCCACUGUCAUCAUCUACCUCCAGAGCGAUGUCAGCUGGGCGUUGGGUCUCGCCGUGCCUGCAGUGCUCAUGGGCCUCUCAUGCGCCGUCUUCUUCAUGGGCACACGCCUCUACGUGCGCAUCAGCCCUGAGGGCAGCCCGUUCACCAGCUUUACACAGGUCGUCGUUGCUGCCCUCCGCAAGCGCCACCUCCGACCAGAUCGCAACACUGCCGAGCUGUUUGACCCGCCGCACAGGAGCAAGCUCGUCUCCAAGCUGGCAUACACUGACCAGUUUACCUGGCUCGACAAGGCGGCCAUGGAGACCACUGAGGACGUUGCCUGCUCCAAUGGAAAGACAUUGGUAGACCCAUGGCGGUUGUGCACUAUGCAACAGGUGGAGGAGGUGAAAUGCCUAGCGCGUGUCAUCCCGGUAUGGUCAUCGGGGAUUGUAUACUUCGUGGUGAUCACUCAGUUAGGCACCUACAUUGUGUUCCAGGCGGCGCAGACUGAUCGCCGGAUCAGCAACUCCGCCAGCUUCGAGAUCCCUCAGGGCUCCUUCGUCGUCUUCCAAAUGCUCGCCCUCACACUCUGGAUCCCGGUGUACGACCGGUUGGUGGUGCCGGCGCUCCAGCGUUUCACUAAGCGCGAAGGAGGCAUCACCCAGCUGGAGCGGAUCGGCGUUGGGUUGGUGCUCUCUGUGGUGACGAUGCUGGUGUCUGCAGCGGUGGAGCACCGCCGGCGCCGGACGGCGGCUAUGAUGUCGUGCUUCUGGCUGGUACCACAACAGCUGUUGGUAGGGCUAUCGGAGGCGUUCACAGUCGUUGGGCUGACCGAGUUCUACUAUAGGCAGUUCCCGGAGAACAUGAAGAGCGUGGCCGGGGCGCUCUUCUUCCUGGGUGUCGCGGUGGCGAGCUUUGCCAGCGGGCUCAUGGUGACAGUGGUGCACCGGGUGACGAGGAGACGGGACGGGCGGCCGGACUGGCUGGCGCAGGACCUGGACGAGGGAAGGGUCGACUUGUUCUACCUCGUCACUGCCGCCAUCGCCGCCGCCAACCUCGUCUACUUCGUGGCCUGCGCACGGUGGUACAGGUUCAAGAAGUCCGAUGGUGAUGUCAACGCUGGCAAUGAUGCCGAGCUUGACGAAAGCUCAAAGAAGGCUGCGAGUGCGGCGCCGGUUUAGUUCAAUCUAUCAUUUUAUGCAUAGAUUGAUAGAUUAUUGGACAGUUAUCUAUGUAUGAGUGUUGAUCCUCGGGAAUCAACAUGCACCAUAGAGCUAUAGAGCU